GGUUGUGUACUUUUUUUGAAACUGUGAAGCUUUUUUUAUUUUCCUGCAAACAAACAUGUCCGCCGCAUCAAAUUCUAAGGUCUUAGUACGAAAUUUGGGUAGAAUAGGAUAUGCAGAAGCCUGGGGUGUGCAGCGAAAAGAGGUUUUUAAACGGUUGAAAUUUCUCCGGGACAUGCGUUCCCGUACUACCAAAACAACAGUAUUGAAUGGCGACGACAUCACCCAAGAACCAAAGGACGUUAUACUUCUUUGUGAACACAAUCCCGUUUAUACAGUUGGAAUACGGACAAAAGAUUACCCUGUCUCAGAAGAGGAACGGUUGAAAAAAUUGGGUGCCGAUUUUUUCCGCACUGAUCGUGGUGGUUUGAUUACAUUUCACGGACCCGGUCAGAUGGUGGCAUAUCCUAUACUGAAUUUAGCUCGUUACACGAAGAGUAUACGGUGGUACGUUUGCCAGUUAGAAAAAUGUGUUAUUAGAAUGAGCACUAGUUUUGGAUUGGUUUCAAACACGUCUCCACACACUGGUGUCUGGAUAAAAGAUAAUAAGGUUGCAGCAAUAGGUAUCCAUUCAAGUCGUUACAUUACUUCACACGGUUUAGCUUUGAAUUGUAACACCGAUCUGAGUUGGUAUGAUCAUAUCGUACCAUGCGGCAUCGUAGGUAAAGGUGUUACUUCGCUAUCCAGAGAGCUACGCAGAGAUGUAACUAUUGAUGAGGUCACCCCACUUUUUCUAAAAGCGUUUGAGACAGAAUUCAACUGUCACAUUGAAUCAGAGGAUGGUUCUGCGUUUCAACAGGACAAACUUCCUGCAUGAGUCUUUGCUCAAAUAUAUAUAUAUAGUUGUUAUCCUACCAAUAUUGUUUUUGCUGCUGGUGUAUUUCAAUCUAAGCUUUUGUGAUAUUGUCCAAAUGUCCACUUCACUUGUCC